AUGGGUCGUGCCUCACUAAGUGAAAGUGAACGUUGCAGUGAGUGGGUGGGUGGCAGCUGUGGUGGAGGAGGGGCAGUCUCCGUAGUGACAACAGUGUGGGGAGUCACCAGCACCACAACCCAAAGCACGCCCACGCCCACAACACCCAACUGCACCACCACGCCCAACAUGCCGGCUCAACCAUUCAACCCACACACCAAACCCUACGCUAAUAUGGUCAACUACCCUACCAAGUCCAAUGGAUUGUGGCCCUCGGAGCCUGACGGUAACCAAUAUAAUGGAAAUCAAAAUACGUACGAAGAUCUCUUCAGAAAUGGCUGGUGGGGCGCCCAGGCUGACUCUAACACCUGUAAGACCGACCAGAAACCCUUCGAAGAUCACUGCAGUCCUAACGGUGGCUACAACAACAGUCCCGGACCCACCAUGUCCGGAAAUACUGCCAUGGGCGGCCCUGCUGGUAUGGGCGGACCCACCACCAUGGGCGGCAAUGGUGCUGGAGACGCCCUUAACACGGCAGCUAUGGUGGCUGCUGCAACAGCAACUGCAACAGCAACGGCUGUUGCACUCCGCCCUGAGAGACCUGAGAUGCAGGGCCAGUAUAAUAGUCAGUCCUGCAGAUCAGAUUUAGAGCUGCAGCUGAAAUGUUUCCAUCAUGAAGAUCGACAAAUGAACACAAAUUGGCCGGCCAGUGUCCAGGUUUCCGUCAACGCCACACCUCUAAGCAUUGACCGUGGAGAGCAGAAAACUUCGCACAAACCACUAUAUAUUAAAGCUGUUUGUCAGCCGGGAAGAAACACUAUUCAAAUUACCGUUACUGCAUGUUGCUGCUCUCAUCUCUUUGUACUCCAGUUGGUGCAUAGACCAAGUGUGAGGUCUGUGUUGCAAGGGUUGUUGCGCAAAAGGAUGUUGCCUGCUGAACACUGUGUUAACAAAAUCAAGCGUAACUUCAACUCUGUUGCCGCCUCGAGCGGGUCUUUAAACAGCUCAGAAGGUGACGGUGUUGAACAAACUGCUAUCAAAAUUUCCCUCAAGUGUCCCAUCACAUUUAAGCGGAUAACACUGCCUGCCAGAGGCCACGAUUGCAAGCACAUACAGUGUUUCGAUCUGGAGUCGUACCUACAAUUAAAUUGUGAAAGAGGCUCGUGGCGAUGUCCGGUUUGCAACAAAACAGCCUAUCUGGAAGGUCUAGAGGUUGAUCAGUACAUAUGGGGAAUUAUCACCACCUUAGCAAACUCUCCUGUGGACGAGGUGACUAUGGAUUCCUCGGCAUCUUGGAGAGCAACGAGUUCGUCUGGUAUGCCAGGCACUCCUGGGGUCAAAGACGAAGACUCGGACACAUGCAUGAAGCGGUGGAACAAAGCAAUGUCCCCAGGGAGUAUGACCCUACCAACUAUGAGCAACAUUGAUAUGGGACAGUCCAUGAGCCCAUAUGUUCCUCCAGAUAUGAACAGCAUCAACAAUGGUUCUAUGAUGAAUAUGAUGAACAUGGGUAAUAAUGGGAGCAGUGGUUCAGGCAUGUCCAGAUCUACUUCCCAAUUUGAUUUGAGUUCACCAGACUUCACUAGAGGUGGAGGACCUCUAUCACAACUCAGUGAAUCUGUCAGUAAAAUGGAUCCUCUGGGUGCUAUGGAAAAAUCUGUCAAAGACCAGAUGGCACCUCAAAUGGGGCCUCCACCCUCCUCCAGCUCCACUACUACCUCCAACACUACUCUUGCUGCUCCAACUACAGGUUCCACCUCCACCACCACUUCAGUAUCAUCGUCACAGCCACUCUGCACCACCACCACCACCACCACAACCACCUCCACCACACCAUCAUCAACCACAACACAGCCAAGCGUGAGCAGUGGGCCUGGGCUGCCCCACACGCCGCACACACCCCACACACCUCAUACUCCCCACACUCCUGGUGGAGUAGGUGGCCCUCCUAGUGUCCCUUCUGCAGGUACUUGCACCAACACAUGCAACAGUAGCAGCAGCAGUACCACUACCACUACCACCACCAAUAAUAAUAAUAACAAUAGUAGUAAUAAUAAUACAACUAAUAAUAAUAGUAACAGUACUAGUAAUACUAGUAACAGCAGCACCAGUAGCAGCAACAGUACCAGCAACACCGAGACACACAACACCUGCAAUGAAAUGAAUGACCUUCCAACACUAAGUUUUGAUCCCUUGGAUGGUGAUGGGUCUGGACAAGAUGGCUUGGAUGUGAGUGUAUUUAACAGUGGUGUAGACCCUAUGGAUCCUCUAGAGCUGUUAUCCUACUUAGAACAACCAGACUACAACACUCCACCAUCUUCUGGAGCCUCAUCGCAAGGCCAAGGAGCUGGGAACACUCCUGCUGGUGCUGGCCUGUCUGCUGCUCCUGAUACAGAUGAUAUACUGGCCCUGUUUGAGUAGUAAAGCUUUUACAAUGGCCAUGGCAGAGAUGUGGAAAGAAUUCAGGUGCUUGGAUAUUUGAUAUCUGCGUUUGCGAUUGUGCUGACUGACUGCAGUCAAACAGUGAAACAGUUGUGAAUUUAAACUUUAAUCUAUAGAAAAUUUGAAGAACUGUGAUACUCAAACUAGAUUUGAGAGAAACUAUUGUGCAUAUGCAGACAUCUCAGUGGACUUCACAGUCUUCAUUCAAGAGAAAAUAAUGGGGGUACACAAAUUUAAGCAGUGAGACCAAUGAUACAUGUGUGAUGUUUAAUGUGAGCACAGUUCAACAAUGCACAUCUGGACAAGGAGCCAUGCAACAACAAUGUGCACUAUGAUUUAUAAGGGCAGGUAUGUUGCCCCAGUACGAGUUUUGUAGUCAGAUCAUAGUGAAGCAUACGUACAUAUUCUGAUAUUUAGAAAUGACCAGUGCAAAUCAUUGUAAUAAUCAUUUAUCAAAGUUCCCUCAUAUUUGCAAAACAGAAUAUAUCCUCACACUGGGGUUAUGUCAGAAAAGAGGCUAUAUUCCAAAGUAGCAAAACAGUUCUUUUCAUGUUUAGCUCCAGUGGACACCAUGAAGGUUAUCCCAGUUGAGUAGUUAGGUUGACAAGUUUCGUAGAAUAAUUAUUGUGGCUACGCAAUGAUGUCCACAGUAGUGCUGUUUCAAAAUCAAUCAUGACAUCAAAAUGACAAUGUGCAUAAUAUUGUCUUAAUUAGGAACUUGCAAUUUUAGUCCAUGUUGGUUGUUCUGAGUUUUAGACCAUAACAGUGACAUGAAGAGAAGCAUGUAUCUCCGUAGGUCCUCAAGCGCAUGUAAAUACAACUCUCAGAAGACCAAAAUGAGAGGCUGAAUCAGUCUGAAUGAAUGUCACAGCAUUAUUGCAAGAUGUGUAUUAAGUUGACAUUAUUCAGAAAAAAAGGGUGUGCAACUGCGACUGAGUCCCAAGAAAUUUCUCUGAGUGUUGUUGUGAAUGAAGUGUGAUAUUUCUGGCUGCACAGGUUUAUGGGUGGUUUAUUGUCUAGACGAAUUAUUGCAUUUAUUUAUAGGGUACUCCUGUGUGCCUGUCAGCCUAGUUUGUGUAAAUAGCUGUGUACAGAAAAUGUCCUUUUAUUUAUCUCACUGGUCUCGCCCUUAGAGUCCUGCGCAUUGUCUAAGCUUUAAUCCCUCGCUCCGUCUUCACCAACAUGACCUGUAGGAUACACCAUCACAUACAGUACACCACUGCAAUUAUUGACUCCUUUCCACCACCUGAGCAAGUCUAGACUCUGGGGCUGACUUGUUGCGGGACGGUAGAGUCGAAACCUCAACCUGGCUAUUAAACCGACUUUGGUUUCAGAAGAUUUAUCAUAUGUUACUUUUUGUGUCAGUUCGUUUUUUUGUACAUCUCUGACACUUGAGUGCAUCUUAAAUCCUCAUUCAAACUGUGUUCCUAUCUAUGAUUAAGAAUAUUUUUUGUUACUCACCGAGCAUCUCAUUUUCUUCUGAAACCAGAGCCAGUAGGCUUCAUGCAUACUCUGUUGACCGUCAAGUGUACUGAAGCUUAAAUGAAAUGUUUAAUUUUUAUGAAGAUAGAUUUAUGCACUUAUACAGAAUCACUGAAAGUGUUUUUAUGUACUGUGUACAAAGAAAAGUGGUUUAACAUUGUGAUCUCAAGAUUGUCAUUUUUAAAGUUAUUUAGAGAAAUUCAUACAAUGAAUUUUUAAACUGUUAGUGACUGUCAAAGAGUUUGUGUAAGCCAUCACUUCUCAUGUAAACUGUACCAGAGAACUUAAAAGAUAGUUUCUAACUCAGAAA